AUGAAGUAUGAGGAGGAUGCAGAGGGUUGUGUGCCCUCGGUGCCAGGCGCCUUCGCUCGCGACAUUCCGCUUCCCCCGUCUUGCGUGGUCCUGUUGAGGUUUCUGCCAGCCGCGACAGGGCACCAGAAGAGGGGCCAAGGCUCUGACUGCAGGGGUGAUGGCGAGUCGGAGGACGCCAGCUGCACACUCGUGCCGAUCCCAAGCCAUGUUGGCUCAGUCCCAGGCUCACGCCAGCCUCGCUUAUUCGUGCCCUGCGCCAGGCGAAGAAGCGCGGGCCUGCCAUGGGCAAGACGAAGCAGGUCCGCCGCCGUCUGGCGACCUUCUACAACUGGCGAGUGAGUGUGACGCUGACGGACGGCCGAGUUUUGGUCGGCGCGCUGAUGGCCGUGGACCGUCACGUGAACCUUGUCCUCUGUAACACCGAAGAAUACCGGAAGUAUAAGGUCAAGGGCAAGCCCGAGGGCAAGGAGCUGAAGCGCAUGCUCGGCUUCAUCGUGCUCCGCGGCAACAGCAUCCUCUACGUGCAGCCGGAGGAGCCUGGCAAGGAGGAGCUCGUCGAGACGGACAAGCCGAAGAAGGUCAAGGCGGCGGCGAAGGCGCCUGCGAAGGCGGCGGCGCCCCCAGGGCUCCCCGGCAUGAUGGGCGGGCUGCCGGGGCUUGCGGGCCUCCGCCCCGGCAUGAUCCCCGGCAUGCCAGCCCUCCCAGGCCUCCCAGGGGGCCUGCCGGGCAUGCGCCCCGGCGGCUUUCCCGGGCUCCCAGGCAUGGGCCCCGGCGGCCUCCCGGGCCUCGGCGGCAUGGCGGGCCUGCUCGCGAUGGGGAAGGCGGGAGGCAUGCCGCCCAUGCCAGGGAUGGGCGGGGCGCCGGGCAUGGGCGGCCAGCUGCCUCCCGGGCUCGCCGCCAUGAUGAUGCAGAUGGGCAAGGCGGGGAUGCCCGGCAUGCCGCCGCGCCCCUGAUGCUGCGGGCACGUUCUGAGUGCCGGCCAGGAGCUAUGAGCUGCCAGCUGAGCUGCGCAUCCAGCGGACGUCGCUCAAUCUUCUUGUAGCAGCUGCCGUUGUCCACGUCAACGGAUGCGGCUUCAAUGUUCUCGGGCAGCCACGUGAUCCGCACCUCUGGCCGUGCCGUGGCGAGGGGAGAAAAAGCA